AUGUUUCAUGACUUUUUAUAAGAGUUGGGUACAUUGAAAAAUGCAGAACUUCCUUUCCCUUUCCGUAACUAAUUCAAAAUAAAAGAGAAUUUUAUAAAUCCAAAUAGUAAACAUUUCGAGUCUAUUGCUUAAAAGUUACUAAAAUGAUAUAUAUAUAUAUAUAGAUUAUUGUCUGAAGAGAAGGCAGGGAUUAAACGUAAAUGGGACAAAUAAUGUAAGAUGAUGUUUAUAUGGAUAUUGGGUAAAUUCUUUUAACUCAAAAACAAAAAGACCAUUAACCCAAAUUAAGAGGAAUGGAUAUAAUUGGCUUCAAUUCUUUAAAUUGAUGAAAUUACACUCAAAUAAAGAUGGAUUACAUUAAUCAAUCCUGUUUCUAAGAGUAUUAAUUGGGAUCCAGAAGAAGAUGAAAUUAUUAAAUCACUUAUGCAGUGAGUUUAUUUAAUAUUUAUAUAUAGUGAACAAGAUGAAAAACAUAUAUGGACACAUAUUGCAUUAGAAUUGUAUAAUCAAAAUAAUGGACAAUUUAUUAGAACACCUAAAUAAGUUAGAGAAAGAUGGAUGAAUUAUUUAAAUCCUAAACUUAAAAAGUAAUAUUAUUUAUUUUUAUCAAAAUAGAACUAAUUGGAGUCAGUAAGAAGAUCUUUAAUUACUUAAUACAGUUGUUAAAAAUGGUAAGAGAUGGUCACUUAUAUCUACUUUAUUAGAUGGUAGAACUGAAAAUUAAGUUAAAAAUAGGUACUACUCAAUAUAAUUAUUUUUAUUAGAUUCAAAAGUUUAAUUUAGAAAAUAUAUAAAGAUGAAGAAGAUGAUGAUAUUGAAGAAUUAUAAGCUAUUAAAGAAUAUUUGAAUAAAUAAAAUAUAGAAUAAGAAGAAUAAGAACCUAUUAAAGAAGAACCAUAAAUUAGAACAUAAUAUUCCAGAUAAGCUAAAUAGAAAUUCAAUCUUAGAGAUAAAAUUAAAGAAAAACCUUAAGAAACACCUCCUAUUCUAAAUUAAGAAAUAUAAACAAAAAAAAGAAAGAUUAGUUCAUAAAUUAAGGAUUUUCUUAAUAUUGGUCCUGAUCCUGUCGUUUAGUAAUCGUAAAAAGUACAAAUCAAUUAAAAAUCUAAAUAAAAAGAUAUUAAAGUUAAAUAAUAACAAUAAGAAGAAUAAUAAUAAAAAUAAGAAUAUUAGCAACCUAUUGUUAGAUUAAAAUAAGAAUAAGUAAAAUAAAAUGAAGAUUAAUUAUUGGAAUAAUCAUCCUUCUAACUUGAUUAAUAAUAAAAAAUACUUUCAUAAUAAUAAUAAUAUUAAAUUCCAUAACUUUCAUUAAAUGAAAAUAAUAAGAGAGAUUUAUCAACACCAAAUACAUUGUCUUAUUAUUUCUAACCACAAUUAUAAUAAAUAGAAGAAUUGAAGAAUGAUUAAUUUAGAUUAAAACAAGUUCAAAUGUCUCCAAUUUAAUAACAAUAAAAUUAAGUACUAUAUUAAGGAUUUCGUCCAUAUUAAGAAGAAAUUCCAUAAUAAAUAUAAUAAACUCCUGUUUAAAUGUUAAUGGGAUAGUAUUUUAAAAAUUAUCCAUCAAAUUAUAACUUAAUAUCUCCUUUUCCAUAAAUAAAUUAAACUCCUAUGGUUUAUACACCUGCAUAGGCAAUGUAUAUGUACAAUAACAAUAAUAAUGGAUAUAUGGGAAUGUCUCCAUUACUUAUUCGUAGUCCUUAUCCAGAAAUGUCUCCAAGUGUUUAACCUUCAUAACCUCUACCAUAAUAAAAUAUGUGGUAAACUCCACAAUAAAAUCCUAUUGAUUUAAUGUAAAGUGAGUAGUUAAAGCAAUAAUAAUUCGUAAUUAUUUUUUAUUUUAUUUAGAAUACCAAUUUAGAAUUUCUAAAAUCUAAUAAUUUACUAAAUUCUUGGAUUAAAAAAAGAACUAAUGAAAAAUAAAAUUAACCCUUUUACGACUCAUUACAAUCACUUGAUUAAUGA